AUGGAAAACAAAUUUGACUGCAACAUUACAAGCAGUAAAAGUUCGUAUAGACAAAAAACAAUUAAUAGCAUCUACCCUUUUGUUGUCGGCUCUGCACACAUUAUGUGGGCUCCGAUACCAAAUACGAAAACUCGUCCGUGCUACACCAAGCAGCAUUUAAUCUCAUUAGAAAGCUUAAUUCAUGAAUCUAAAAUUAGCACAAUGGAGGCGACAGUGUUUGUAAGGAUUCGCGAAGAGCUUUGUUUUGAAGUAGUUAUAAUUAGAGCAAUCUUAUCAUCCCACGCUAAUGUAUGA